AGUUUGCGGAAGUCACGAGCACUGAAAAAUAUAAACAAGGGAACCAUGGCUUAUAUUGACAAAACAUACGGAAGUAUUUUUACAAGUUCUGCAUUUAUCGACAACAGCCUUCCUAUAUAAAUUCCCUGACAGACUUUCGCCCCAAUAGUUUGCCUUUGUGUCUGUGGUAGGUCCCUGGUCUUGCAUUCUAAAUCCCGGUGAGUGCUUUAAAGGUGCAUGCUUAUACGCUAUGGCUGUCCUUCCGGUGAAAGUUUCAACUCUGUGUAUUGCUACAGUGCUCCUUUUUAUUGAAUUUGACGAAAGCUUACAGGAAAAUAGGGCAAACCCUAGUCUGAAUCAAGUCGGAGUCCCUGCGUCGGAAGUCAAGAAGUCUUCCUUCGACUUGGACUUCCUGAGAAACUGCAUUCGGAAGAAGGAGACUUAUGUGUCGUGUACUGGGAGACGUCUUCGCAGUGUCCCGCGAGGUAUACCCGUCGGCACCACGCGUCUAAACCUCACAGGAAACCUGUUUGAAGUCUUAGGUCCUAAAACGUUUCCACGCCUUGACAAGCUGAAACUCUUGGAUCUGAGCAGGAAUCGCAUAAGGGUAAUCAAUUUAGGAAGCUUUAAGAACACCUUCAACCUGACUACUCUCUAUCUCAACCACAACGACAUCUCUUCCAUCCCCAACGAAAGGGGCGCCAAGACAUACACGGUAGUGUAUUCCUAA